AUGAAUAGCGAAGUAAAAUUACCCUUUGUUCCAUUGGUUAGUGAAACUGGGUUUCCAGGAGCCAUUGGAAACACUCCAUUAUUGAGAUUGCCAAGGAUAUCCGAUACCGUUGGAAGAAACAUUUACGCCAAAGCAGAGUUUAUGAACCCUGGAGGAUCUAUUAAAGAUCGAGCUGCACUCUAUGUGAUCAAGGAUGCAGAAGAAAAAGGACUCAUCAAGCCAGGUGGGACUGUUGUUGAAGGAACUGCCGGUAACACUGGUAUCGGGUUAGCACAUGUUUGUCGAGCAAGGGGCUACAAGUGUGUCAUUUACAUGCCCAACACCCAAUCAAAGAACAAAAUUGAGACUUUGAGAUUGUUGGGUGCCGAAGUGUAUCCGGUCCCAGCAGUUGCAUUCACUGAUCCACAAAAUUACAACCAUCAAGCCAAGAGACAUGCUGAGAGUUUGGACAAUGCCGUUUGGACCAACCAAUUCGACAAUGUUGCCAAUAGACAAGCUCACAUUGAAACUACGGGACCAGAAAUAUGGGCCCAAUUGGAUGGAAAAGUUGACGCAUUUACAUGCUCUACUGGUACUGGAGGCACGUUUGCUGGGACAUCUAGAUAUUUGAAAACAAUAAGCGAAGGCAAAACCAAGUGUAUUCUCGCAGAUCCACCAGGAUCAGUCCUUUACUCUUACAUCAAGUCCAAUGGAAAAGAAAUGGAGAGAGGCGGAUCAUCUUUCACCGAGGGUAUUGGUCAAGGUAGAGUGACUGAUAAUUUGAAACCAGAUAUAGAAAUUGUCGAUGAUGCCGUCAAGAUCCCCGAUGAGGAUUCAAUUGCCAUGCUCUAUAGGUUGUUGGAUGAGGAAGGAUUGUACUUGGGAGGCACUGGUGCAUUGAAUGUUGUUGCAGCUGUUGAAGUUGCUAAAACAUUACCAGAAGGAAGUAACGUGGUGACAAUUUUGGCUGAUUCUGCGCACAAAUACAGUGACAGAAUUUUCUCAAAGUCUUGGUUGAAAGAGAAAGGGUUGUUUGAUGCUAUUCCAGACCAUUUGAAAAAGUAUGCUGUUUUGGAGUAA